UCUCUCUCCCUCUCUCUGUGGAUUCGACGGGAUCCAGUCACCGUCAAGUUGCUGUUGGCCCUCUCCCUCACUAUAAAUCGCUUUUUCUUCUCCUUCAUGAAAUUCUGCUUAAAGGGAUAUUGACGCAACCUCCGUCCGAUAUCGGGUAUCUGUUCUGCGAGAUUUUUGGCGUUCCCAGAUCGGUCCCCCCGCGUCUCCUCCAAUCGCACGAAUCCGCCCGAGAGAGUAGGUUCAUUGUUGGGAUAAAGAUGUCCCAUUACCAAGGGGACGAUGGUGAGUAUGUGGCAGACGACUAUGAAGCAGAAGAUGUUGAUGUUGAUGAAGAGUUCCGUGGGGCCGACCCAGAAUCUGAUGUUGAUGAAUUAGACAUGUCGAAUAAUAGAUUUACCGAUACUACUGCUGAUCAAGCAAGAAGAGGAAGAGAUAUUCAGGGAAUUCCUUGGGAAAGGCUUAGCAUCACAAGGGGGAAGUACCGGCAGACUAGGCUAGAACAAUAUAAGAAUUAUGAAAAUGUUCCUCAGUCUGGAGAGAAAUCAGAGAAGGAUUGCACAGUUACAGAGAAAGGUAACUCAUUUUAUGAGUUUAGACGGAACUCAAGAUCGGUCAAAUCUACUAUUCUUCAUUUCCAGUUGAGGAACUUGGUUUGGGCAACAUCAAAGCACGAUGUUUACUUGAUGUCAAACUAUUCUGUCGUUCAUUGGUCUUCAUUGACGGGCAAGAAGUCUGAAGUUCUUAAUCUCGCAGGACAUGUGGCACCAAAUGAGAAACAUCCUGGAAGCUUGUUGGAAGGAUUUACGCAGACUCAAGUUAGUACUCUAGCAGUAAAGGAUAGAUUUCUAGUUGCAGGCGGGUUUCAGGGAGAGCUCAUAUGUAAGUUUCUAGAUCGGCCUGGAAUUAGCUUCUGUUCCAGGACAACUUAUGAUGAUAAUGCCAUCACAAAUGCGGUUGAGAUAUAUGUCAGUCCCAGCGGUGGAAUUCACUUUAUAGCAUCGAACAAUGACUGUGGAGUCAGAGACUUUGAUAUGGAAAGUUUUGAACUGUCUAAACAUUUCCGUUACCCUUGGCCUGUGAAUCAUACUUCUUUGAGUCCGGAUGGGAAGCUCCUUGUCAUAGUUGGCGAUGAUCCUGAUGGUAUUCUGGUUGAUGCAAAAACUGGAAAAACAAUCAUGCCGUUAUGCGGGCAUUUGGAUUUCUCCUUUGCAUCUGAGUGGCACCCAGAUGGCGUCACUUUUGCUACGGGAAACCAGGACAAAACUUGUAGGAUUUGGGACAUACGGAACUUAUCUAAGUCGAUUGCUGUUUUGAAAGGCAACCUUGGAGCCAUACGGUCUAUCCGCUAUACAUCCGAUGGCCGGUAUAUGGCGAUGGCAGAACCUGCAGAUUUCGUCCAUGUCUACGAUACAAAAGCGGGGUACGAGAAAGAGCAGGAGAUCGACUUUUUCGGUGAGAUAUCCGGCAUGUCAUUCAGUCCCGACACUGAGUCGCUUUUCAUCGGAGUCUGGGACCGAACAUAUGGUAGCCUCCUCGAGUAUGCCCGGCGACGGAACUUCUCGUACCUAGACUCCCUCAUCUGAGCAGAAUGUGCGGUCACUGUUAAUAAUCUUCUUUUGGCUGUGCAGCUUUUUGGAUGAUAUUUGUGUGAGUGCGUAGACAGAGCAUGGUGCACUGGGGAGUUCCAUUUUGUGAGGGUGAAAUAUUGUAUAAUGUAUAUAAGUCACUAGAAUUGUUGAUGUCUAGUAAGAUUUUAGUUGGCACAGAGCUUCUCAUGCUCAAAACAAGCUCUCCUUUCUGCAGAAGACCCUCUUCCAAUUGGCAUAACCUCCAUUGUCAUAGCUUGAAUAUAAUCUAUACAAAAUACAUGCUGAAGAGUAUUUCUAAUAAAA